GGCCCUGGAAAGCCGGCUGUGACGGCUGCAACAUGGCGGACGUGCUGAGCGUUGGGGUGAACCUGGAGGCCUUUUCUCAGGCUAUUAGUGCCAUCCAGGCGCUACGUUCUAGCGUGAGUAGGGUCUUCGAUUGCCUUAAGGAUGGCAUGCGCAACAAAGAGACGCUGGAGGGCCGCGAGAAGGCCUUCAUCGCGCACUUCCAGGACAACUUGCAUUCCGUCAACCGGGACCUCAAUGAGCUGGAGCGUUUGAGCAACCUCGUAGGCAAGCCGUCUGAGAACCACCCUCUUCAUAACAGUGGGCUGCUAAGCCUGGAUCCUGUGCAGGACAAAACCCCACUCUACAGCCAGCUUCUGCAAGCAUACAAAUGGUCCAACAAGCUGCAGUACCAUGCAGGUCUAGCGUCUGGCCUUUUGAAUCAACAGUCCUUGAAGCGCUCUGCAAAUCAGAUGGGUGUGUCUGCCAAGCGGAGACCAAAGGCCCAGCCCACCACUCUGGUUCUACCGCCUCAAUAUGUCGAUGACGUGAUCAGCCGCAUUGACAGAAUGUUUCCAGAAAUGUCCAUUCACUUAUCAAGACCCAAUGGGACUUCAGCAAUGCUUCUGGUGACCUUGGGGAAGGUGUUGAAAGUGAUCGUGGUCAUGAGGAGCCUGUUCAUCGAUCGCACGAUUGUGAAGGGGUAUAACGAGAGCGUCUAUACAGAGGACGGGAAGCUAGACAUAUGGUCCAAAUCCAACUAUCAAGUAUUCCAGAAGGUGACAGACCAUGCCACCACUGCCCUGCUUCACUAUCAGUUACCUCAGAUGCCAGACGUCGUGGUCAGGUCCUUCAUGACCUGGUUGAGAAGCUACAUUAAGCUGUUCCAGGCCCCGUGCCAGCGCUGUGGGAAGUUUCUACAAGAUGGCCUUCCCCCGACAUGGAGAGACUUCCGAACCCUGGAAGCGUUCCAUGACACCUGCCGGCAAUGACCCCAGCCCCAUCCCUGGGCAGCCUGCAGCACCUUCCCAGACCAGCCAGACCCAUUUACCACAUAGGAGUCUGUCGCUGUUCUCCCUGGCAGAACUGUCACCUGUAUUGGUCAUCAUGGGAGGAUGGUCUUCCAUGUGUGCUGGCCCCUGGGUCUGUUGCUUCCAUGAGCUGUUACUGGAAUGAGCCUCUUUAUUCUUACGUUGGUUAUGCUUGGUUGGUUUUUGUAACUUAUUUUUGUAAACAAUAAAGCUUUUGUACCCUGGA